CACACUUUAGAACAGAUCACCGAGUGUGUGUAUAAGAACUUAUUUAAUAAAAAAGAAAUAGCAUUUAUUUCUCAGUAAAUCUAGAAAAUUAAGGAUAUCAUAUAUUAGUAAAAGUAUGUUUCGAAGAAGGUUUAGCAGAUGGUCGAGGUUUUUAGCUAUUGUUGGACUUUGUAGCCUUGCGUUUGGAUCUUUAUAUGUUAAGAACAAUGAUACAUCUAUCCUUAGUGGGGGCGACCCUUUCUUGAUGAUAAAAAGAUCCGUUGAAAGCGAAGCAGCUCAAGUUAAAACUACUCAACCACCGACCGAAGAGGAAAAGGCUUUAGCAGAGGAGAUGAAAGCCCGUACAGAAAGAGUAGAUAAAAUAUGCAGAGAGAUGAAGGAACAAAACAUCACCUUGCCUAACGCCCAAUCAUUUGAAAACGAAUAUUGGAAACACUUAAUGGUCAUUGAGAAGACGAAAUCAGUCUGGUGCUACCUACCGAAAGUUGCGAGUACAAACUUUAGGAGAACUAUCCUAGGCAUGAUGGGAAUUAUACCUAAAUCUGAAGUUCCGACGAUAGGUGGAUACGAAGUUUAUAACAUUCAUGACAAAGAGUUUAAGUAUAUUAAAGACUUCGAUGAGGAAAAGCAAAAAGAAAUUAUGUCAACAUAUACAAAGUUCUUUGCCACAAGAGAUCCAAUAGAACGACUUCUGUCUGGUUACAUGAGUAAAUUCCUACAUCCAAAUCCUGUUAACAGACAAGAAUUCAAUAAAAGAGUUUCUCUUUUCUACGGAAGCCAUCCUGAACUGGACCAACUUCAUAAAAUGAAAAUCGAUUAUGAAAGUAGAUCGGUAUUUUUCGAAGAAUUUCUGGUCUGGUGGUCUGAUUUGUAUGAUGAAAACUUGUAUGUAAAUGAGCAUUUUGUACCAACUCACGUGUUGUGUAAUCCCUGCGCGGUAAAAUAUGAUUAUAUCGGGAAAUAUGAACAUAUCAAUAGAGAUAUGGACUAUAUUUUUAAAAGUCUAAAUAUAGAUGCUGAGUUUCCGGGACGAAAUGACAAUUACUCUGUGAGAAGAACCCAUACCAUGGUUGAGGAGGUAUAUAAACCGUUACCCGGCUGGUUGAUGCAGAAGAUAUGGAAUGUAAUGAAAUAUGACUUCAUAAUGUUUGGAUAUCCUGUCCCGGACUGGUUACGAGAAAAUAUACACACUGGGGAUGUACCGGAUCAAAUUUAGGUUCUCUUUAAAAUUGACUAGACCUUUCGUUCCAUUUAGAAUAAAAUAUAUUUGCAUUUUUGAAAGCAGCAUGCCUCCAGAUUAAUCGUUAUAAUGGUGUAUUUCUUUGAAAAUUGAACAACUUUUCAAUGUAAUAAUGUUUAAGAUGUGUACAAAUGAAGGGGUUAACUAGCCCUAAGGACCGACUAUCCAUAGAAUUUACCUAAAGCAUGCCUAGAUAUGCAGACAAAGCUCAUGCUCGGUAACAUGGUAGAAAUGAUCAUGGUGAGAAUAUUGUACUCAUAUAUAUAUAAUUACUUAUUUAUUUCUUUAUCAUUAUUUUUCUUUCUUUUGAAAAGUAUAAAUUUAUUUAUCACUUUGGAGGCAAUUCAUAUUUAACACGGGUUUGAAGUUUUGAUGCGUAGGAAUUGACCAAAUGGCAUCAAAACAUAAGUCGUUGUUCACGAAUAGUAUUUUACUAUAAUUAAACUGUUUAAAUAUAGAAUCUUCCGACAUUUGAUUUAAUUUCUGAUCGAUUAAGAUUUAAAUUUUAUACGCAUAAAUUUUGAGCGAUUAUUUCUUAUAUAUAGUGGGUCAUACGUAGAUGAAAUUAGAAGAAUCUAUUGGGAAUGACUUUCGGGACUAUUUUUUAUUACAAAUUUAAUAAAUAAAGUCACCAAAUAGUGUGCAGCACGGAAAAAUAAGCAUGCAUAUUACAGUUAUGUUUAAAUACAACGAAGCAGUUUGCUAGUAUUUGUUUUAUAUUUUUGCCUAAAAACUCGUUAGGCAAAACUUGUUUUUAUAUUUUUUGCCUAAAAACUCGUAAGCCAAAAUUUUGUUUCAUAUUUUUGCCUAACUGCUUGUUGGGCAAAAUUUUGUCUAAUAUUAUUGUCUGAAAGAUCGGGGUUUUGUUGUUUGUUUUCGUGUGAAAUAUUUUACACGUCAUUAAAAACUGUAACAGAUUUUUUUUUACUUCCCAUUAAAAUAUAAAUAGUUGGUGAAAAGACAUUGUUAUCUCAAUUUUUUAAAUGAUAAGGAUCUUAUCUAAUAAGCAUCGCUUAAAAACUGAAGAUUUGUCAAUGAUUUAAAAGGGUGUAGUGCAAUAAUAGAAAAAUUAUAAAUAUUGUUAAUGGUCUACGUCACGUGACAUUACAAUCGUUUUCAAAUAUAGAGCAAUAUUAUAACACAUGUACAUUGUACAUUUAUAGCAUACACAAUUUUGAUACUGUAAAUAGUGGAGUAAAUUAUACAUGUAUAUACAUAUAUAUGCAGAGAUAGGUUGCUGCCUAUACAUGAGGUAAGAGUGGAAGGCAACUUGUGCUGGUCUUAAAAUACGUAAAUUUUAUAUUAAUUUUUGAGUACCUAUUUCAAAUUGCACUACAUUUAGUUUACCUUUAGUUCGUUGUGUCGUUGAACUUAGCUUUAUAAUCAACGCAGCCAUUACUACGUCACGUGUCAAAUUUUCAUUGAGCGCUUUCAGUCUACUAGGCAAGCUGUCUUCUAAAAGAUUCUGUGAGCUGUAAAUAAUUCUUCACAAUAUGUUGAGCAGUACGUAUGAUAACUAUGUGUUAAAUUCUUUGAAUAAGUGUCUAUGUAUACGUGUACAUAUGUGUGCGUGUGUACGUGUGCGUGUGUGUCCGUGUGGGUGAUCCAAAUUAUAUAUUGAACAUUGCUUGUAACGCUAAUUUCGCUUAUGACCAUUUAUGUACGACAUAGACAAGCUUUGAGAUAGCCAUAAACGAGUUAUAGCGUUAUGUUGGCUUUUUUGUUAUUCAGCAGUAUUCUGUCACAGUUGUUAGUGUAGCUGAUAGAAAGGUGAAUUUAGUUUACAGUGCAACCUUUGCAGAGGAAUAACCUCUUUACAACAAUAUUAUCAACUCUCCCAAAAGUAAGCCUUUCAAUAAUUCUAACCUCUAUAAAACAACCACAAUAUUUGUCUUCCAAAGGGUAGUUGCUCUACAUAUGUUGUUCUGUACCUUAAAUAAACACGAAACAUAUGUAUAUCUUAUUCGGAUCAUGAUAAUCUAUGAACAGAAACACUCAGAAGAUGUAAGAGUGAAUUUUCAGUUUUUGUCAACUCAUAUUUUUUUUUUUGUCAACUCAAACUGAUAUCCAUUCCCUAUUCAUAUAUGAAAUUUGAAUUCUGUGUCAUUUAAUAUACAUGUAUGAUGCCAAUAAAACAAUUAUAACAUUAUAUAUCUUUUAUGGAAUUUCCCUUUGUUGACUUUUGAACAGUUUGAAUAGAUCAAUUAAAAGAUUUAACUCAUAUUUUUAAUGUGAUUGGUGAAUCACAAUUUCGUGUUUUAUUUUUUUUUAUUUCACAGUGAAUUAGAUACAUGUAAUGAGGUAAAUAAAUCAUAUCUCACCGAUUAGUAAUAUACAGUAUUUUGAAAUCGAUUUGCACGAGAUAAAGGUGAAUAUAUCAUAAGAUUUUUCAUUAUUUCUUUGAAAGCAGCAUGCCUCCAGAUGAGCCAAAGUGUGUCAAUAAAAUCAAACUUUAGAAAACGGUACUGAUAUUUUAGAAAAAAAGUAAAAAGAUUCAAGAUUCAAGUUAUAAUUUACAUGUUUUGUGUGGUUAAUGACUGAUUUUUCAGUUUUUGUAACAAUAUUUCUACUGCGUUACUAACGUACUAAGAGUUUUUUUUUGCAUAUUGUAACC